AUGCGGACGCUAAAACAGCGCCCGACCACGAGUGCUAAUUGCCAUGGGGGCCAACCCGCGAACCUCGCGAAAAAGCACGACAGCGGGAGAACCCUCGGGCAGGAAGAACAACAAUCCGGAGAGGAAGCUUUGCAUGUUGCCGCACCCGUGAAGUAUGCUAUGUAUUCUUCUUGCCCUCCCACCCCUUCAUUUCAUAGCUGUAUUCAAGGAGAUGGUGGUGCUAUGGUUAUAUCCUACUUCGAAAUAGAAAGUUUGCAUUUCAAAAUAAUCUCUAUAUUACUUUUUAUAGGUGUUGUUCUCUAUGGUGGACGCCGAGCAAGUCUUGCAUUUGAAAUUCCGGAAACAAAUUCAUUUCAUCAUGAGUAUAGCUCGAUGGCUUGUGCAGUUGAAGUAGUUGAUGAUGUAUUUUCUGCAGUUGAACAUAUACAUUCCUAUGGAAGUGCACAUACUGAGUGCAUAAUAACUGAAGAUAAGGAAAUUGCUGAGAUUUUCCUUAAACAGGUUGACAGUGCUGCUGUCUUUCAUAAUGCAAGUACACGUUUUUGUGAUGGAGCUCGUUUUGGUCUUGGCGCAGAGGUUGGUAUAAGUACAAGUAGGAUUCAUGCUAGAGGCCCUGUUGGUGUAGAAGGACUAUUGACAACAAAAUGGCUUUUAAGAGGAAAUGGGCAAGUGGUGGAUGGAGAUAAAGGCGUAAAUUAUACCCACAAGAAUCUUUCACUCGAGCAAAAAUUGGACAAUGGAACUGUUUGACAAUUUUAAACAGAUAUCUUCUGUAAGUGGUCAGCUCUACUCACCGAAGAAAUUGAAUGUUGCUUUUUUGUUACUGUUGUUGUGUUGUUACAUUUAUUUACAUUUUUCAAGGCUGAUGCUUUUUGUUGUAACUGAGCUAAGUUCAGGUAUGACCUAAAUUAGCUUGUUAAACCGUGUUUAUUUAUUAUUAGUAUCGUUAUUAUAUAUGAA